ACUUGUUGGUACGACAAAUAUAUGACCCAUUGCCCUCCCCACUCAGACUUACUUGUGCGCAUUACACUUGCUCAAUGUAAAAAUGCAUAAUAAUGACCGUUUUGCUCAAAAUAAUUUAUAAAAUUAUGUUUCAGUUAUUAACGAUCUUACCUUGAGAUUAAGAUACUUUUAUACAACGUAACAGAAACAAACACAUAUACACUUACUCCACCAGUGUCAAGGCUUCACACGACUAAUAACUAACUUUGGCAAAUAAGUUAUGGAUUUACCAAAAAAGAAGGAUCAUAGACAAACUAGCAUGCUCCAUGCGGUAUACGAUAAAGACAACACUCUGAAAGGCAGGAAUGCAAAUUCCUUAAAUAUCAAUAAUUUUUUUGCAUUUAUUUUACAUCAUAUCAAUGACUUCAGGGUGGAAUACUUUUGACAAUUAAAGACAAUUAAGGUUUUUUGAUUAGAGUGGACCAAAAGAAAUGAUAAGGUUAAGUUGUACUCCAUCAGUUUCAAAGUUAUGUGUGUAGCGAAAACAGCCGAACCCUUUGUGAAUCCUGAUAAACUGACAAAAUCAGAGGAUUUGUAUUCUCCAGAUUAUUGGGAAAUGAAACAGUGCAGCGGUCUAGUACAGACAAGCACAUAAACUUCGUGUUUACAAAUGUAAAUGUCUCUCCUAAUUAACUUAAUCGAGGACUAGAGUUCACAUGAAAAGGAAUAAUCUUUGGUCUUCAGCAGUUACAGUGCACACAUUUGUGUCUAAAAAUGGGCGGGCGUAUAAGUAUUUUUAAUGAUGUCCAUCAUUAACACUCGUGAUAGGCAGUAGGGAAGAAGACAUUUUCCUGUUCGAAACUUAGUCGAGGCUCAUCCUUGUUUGCUCACGGGCAUGAAUUUGAAUCUUGUUUCAAGCAAAGAACAACUGGCUGCAGUAUGUUCAUGCCGGAAUUUUUCACUCGAUGCAGUUUUGAAUGUUCGCUAAAAGUAUCAAUCUUCAUUCAAAAACAACUUGUUAUCUUAACAUGGUCAUAUGGCAAAGCCUUUCAGUUCUGAUGACUAUUUUGCUGCAACAUAAAAUUGGUGCACUAUACAGGAGCUGUCCUGACUUGUACUUUUACUCUUUAAAAACUGACACAGUCUGCAUCUCCGAAAAUGCCAACAUCAGUCUUACAUUCUGGCUGAAUACAUCUCUUUGUGAAGACAUUGCUUCAUAUUACAGACUGGAAAUACAGACGUUGAAAAGCGAUGGCACUAGUGAAUUCGAUGGUCGACUCGCUCACCGGAAUAAUAGGUGUUUAAUCACAUACAAGAAUACUGUCCAUUGCAUUAGUGGUACUGGCCCAGCUGUGCUCUACAAAACACUCAACAGUUCUGACCAAGAAAUUGUUUGGCGAUGGUCAUGGACAGAUAAUGCAUCUAGAAAAAUGGAAAAUAGACAAAGGACUUUGAAGCUGAACGCAUCUUGUCCAGAUGUUCAAGAGAAGAGUACUGACUCAGGCUACACGAGUCUCUUUGGAACUGAAGUCUCGUACAACGAUACUGUUACAUACAGAGGUAAGUCGAAUUCAUUUUUCUUAAAACGAGCUGACAUUCUCCUUUGUUAGUUAUGCCUCCAACAACCAGAAUAGUAUACCUAAAUAGCGCUCCGAAUACUGUUAGUAUCAAACUGGACUGUGCGUUAAAAAAUAGAAAAUUUCUUCUAUUUUUUUCUGCACUAUUUUACGGGCAUCAAAGUCGACACUGCAAAGUGAAAGAACCAAACGAGAGAUAAACAUUAUUUUACACCAAUAAAAUGAUUCGCAUUUUUGCGCUGAUCGAAUCAAUCUGAGCGAUGAUUUAUACCUCCGGAGAAGGCUUUGAGAAAGGAAAAAAACUUUACCACAAAGUCUACUUUAAAAAACGCCUGUUAAUCGACAAUCUCAAAGCAACAAUCAAGGCUUCAUCCAGUGUCAAAGACGAGUUUUCAGCAAGUUGCCACACAGUAACAGCAAUUAUCAGAUCAACGCAAAGUUCUUUAAGGUAAGUUUGGACCUCUUUUGAUUGUAAACUAAAAUUUCCUCCCAUCCACCCAACCAUAGACGUAAGUACACACACCCACACACUGACACAUACACACAAACACACACACACACACUAGCACACAGACACACACUCACACAAGGUAAAAAGACAGUGUUACUUGUAAAUUUGCAUAAAUUAAAUGGUGCUUUUUUCACAUCCAGCACGAAUCGGUUGGUGGUUGCAUUCGACAUCCUCAUUAAAUGGAGAUACAGUAAGACUGGUAAGUCCAGCUCUGAAAGUGCUUUUGCCAGACUCUUUUUUUAAAGUGAAGAAAGGGACCCGCUAUCUGGCCUUCGCUACAAAUGCUGAAAUACUGGUUCAAUGUAUUUACACGAAAAAAA